GUGCGCGCUGAGGUCACACGCCGGCGAGGCGGAAGUGGCUGCAGCCUGCGGUGUCCAAGGCACUUUACAUGAAUGGGAGAAACUCUUCCCCUACCACUGAAAUGCAUCCACUUCUGGGGUGCAACAUGGCAGCUGUUUAACAGUGCACAGGAAUGCUGCACAGUAGUAUAGGAUGGAAUGUGAGGAGGAAUCCUGUAUCCAGACAAACCUACAGGAGGGAUUUAAGGAGGCAGAUUAUAAUUACCUGACCUGGAGUUUGGCCAGGACGCAAGUUAAUGGAUUUUUUGACAAUGGUCCAGUAGCAGACACUGACUCUCGCAGCCACCUGUCCAGAUAUGGCAGUUUCCACUGGAUCUGUGAUCGUCCCAGACUGGCACAAGUCCCCAGAGGGCAAAGAGUACCUGGCCACCAUCCUGCGGAAAAACAAGCGGAAAUUCUUUGGGCUGAUUGAAAGGCCAGUGCUCCCCCCGCAGAUGGCCGCCGACACUGCCAGCUAUAAGAUUUUUGUCUCUGGGAAAAGCGGCGUGGGUAAAACCGCAAUGGUGGCCAAGCUGGCUGGCCUGGAGGUGUCCAGUGCACAUCAUGAAACAACAGGGAUCCAGAAGACGACGGUAUAUUGGCCGGCCAAGCUGAGGGACAGCGGCAGGGCACUCAUCUUCAGGUUCCAUUUCUGGGACUGCGGAGAAGCAGCUCUAAAGAAAUUUGAUCACAUCCUACCUGCCUGCAAGGAGAAGGCAGAUGGCAUCCUCUUCCUCUUUUCUUUCACCGACCGCUCAUCCUUCGACGACCUCCCCAGCCAGAUCUCCCGCGUCACGGAGGGAUCCGAAAACUUCGUCAAAAUAGUGAUUGGCUCCAAUCAGACCUCCCAAGCGGGAGCCAAGCUCGAGGAGCCCAGCGGCGCUGGGGAACACGCACGAUCCUGGGUGGAGCAACUGCCCCGUCUUCUGUGGGUGGCGUCUCAUCGGGGCCACUCACAUGGGCAAGACUCAUCUUGUAGGCGGAGCUUGGAAGAGCACCUCCAUCUUUUCCCCCCUCGAUGGGACCCCGCAGUCAGGCUGUUGGAGGAUGACGGGGGUGGGUGUGACUGGGGUCCCGUGGGGCAGAGUCCCUGGUUCUGUCUCAGGUUUCCUGUAGCACCCAUCAUGCCAAUCGCUUACCUGUAGAGCCACAUGCCGCUCUCGUGCACUGCCUGGGUGUGGGUGGCACUCGGGGCAAGCAGAGAGCUGGGCAAAUGGGCCCGUGCUGCCAGGAGCCCUUCCCCUUGUCCAAGCAGCCAGCGGGGAGGAUGGCGAGAGAGGAAGGACUCAUGUGCCCCCUCCUCCCGUCAGGAAGGGGGGAUAUUGGGCCCAGUCUAGACUUGGUGGUGACCCCAGGCCGGAAUGUGGCCCAUCGUGUUGGGUGGAGCCAUGCAGUGGUUGUGGUGUGUUGACCCGGUGGCGCACCGUGCGGGCGUCCUGUGCCAUGAUGAGUGCUGGCUCCUUGACGGUGCCCACCCAGGUUCGACCAGUUCAUGCACACCGACGUCACAGAGCGGGACCUGGCCGAGUUCCGGCGAGCCUGGCGCCUGCCCGUGCUGCGGAUGAAGAGCGUGAACGGGCCCCGGCUGGCCGACGGGCGCACCCUGGACGGCCGUGCUGGGCUGGCGCAUGUGGCGCACGUGCUGAACGGGCUGGCGGAGCACCUCUGGUACCAGGACCAAGUGAUCGCUGGCCUCGUCCCAGCACCGCAGCCUGGCACAGAGGAGACGUCCCUGUGCUGAAAAUCAGCUCCCCAAAAACUCAGGAUGCAGCCGGCAGGUGGAGCCAGAGGCCUUUCAAAGGUUGGUUUGGUGGGACUCUGCUGCAGCCAUGUAAGGACCAGCUCUAGCCUCCAGAUCUGGGAGCCCCCGGCCCCCACUGGCUCUAGCAUCACAGAGGUGCCCUGCUCGGCACUGCCAUCACGCAAACCUGCGGCCAACUUGAUCUGGGGACCUUUGUUUCUGGGAGUCCUGCCCUGAGACAGGACAGGCCCGAUUUCCAGAGGAGCUAAACGCCCCCAGCUGACACUGACAUGACUUGGGAUCAGAGCACCACAGCCCCAAGCCUCUCACGGCAAGUACCCAAAAUCACUGACCACUCCCGGCUUUAGCUUUGAUCUGAGCCAGUCCAGAAGAGCUCCAGCCUGCAUGCUCCUUCCUCCAUCCCUGUAGCUAACCAGGAUGGCAGCAGCAUCCCGGGUGACAGGCCACAGGAGCCACUGGAGGCUGGCACUAGAGGAAGCACUUUCUGCAGCGUUGUUUGGGGCUGGGGAGUUUUGCAGCUCUGGGGUAGGGCGUGCCUCAGCACUGGAGUGCCAAGGCAACAAGGCGAGCUGGGUGGAUCGUAGCCCACUGUGCAUUUGGACGUGGCAUUGCUAAACAUAUUGUUCGGCUGCACGCACUUCUGAAGCUCCCAUCACCUUAGUAUCUGGGCUGUCUCAGGGCUCAGAGGAGCUCGUACGGUCACUUUCAAGGUUAUUAAACAUUGAUAGCGCCUGUCAUAGAAUCAUAGAAUCUCAGGGUUGGAAGAGACCUCAGGAGGUCAUCUGGUCCCACCCCUGCUCAAAGCAGGACCAACCCCAACUGAAUCAUCCCAGCCAGGGCUUUGUUAAGCCGGGCCUU